AAUGCAUUUCGGUCCUCGGUCUCCAGCCGCACCACGUUUGCUCAUGAAGUGAUCGCGCUUCCACGCAGUCCUGAAAAUCGGAGGCCAUACACUUCACUUCUGGACGACUAUAUCUCAGCCGUUCCGGCCGUUCGUUCGCCACCCACGAGAAGCGCAGGCCAUGUCGGACGCGUCGUCUGCUCCGCACGCGGCGGAUGCCGCGAUCGCGCGUCAAAGCGGCGCCGUAAGAAAGCAGCUCCGUCGCGUACGCGUCCGUUGCACCAAGGACGAAGACUCCGACUGUCAGCUACUGACGCACCUGCGUCGCACAAGCCGAGUGCUCCUCGGCGCGUAUCUGGAGCUGGUUCGCGACGAUCGACACCCCGGUGGCAUUCGCCUGGCGGUCGUUCGCGCCCCCUCUUCCACGUGCGCUUUGCUCGGCACAUCGGACGACCCGCGCAAGAAGGCGGCUCUGCGUUGCGCCGAGUACCUGCUCACCGAGCACCGGUGCAUCACGGCCGUCGAGAUCAACGGCAGCACGGCGCAGCCGCCGACACUGCUCGCCGCUCUCCGAAGCAGUCCCUCGGUGAGAAGCGUGACCGUGUGCAUGGUGCUGGAGCGAAUCGCCCAGACAAACGCCGGCGUCCUCGAGGCGGUGGACGCGCUGUCGCACCUGGAAGAGCUCGCGUUCGCGUCCGUUGGCUGUGGUCUGCAAGUGGUCUUUCGAAACAUCACGCAGCUGAGAGGCCCGUUGCUGGAGCGUCGCACGCAGCACCUCAGGAACCUCGACGUGUCUGUCCUCAUGCUGAGCGCGGAGAGGGUGAACCGACUGUUGUGCGCGCUCACUUGGAACCACACCAUUGCCGAGCUCGCCGUCGGACCGUGCGUAUUUACCGCCGGAUUCGGCCAGCUGUUCGCCCGGUACCUGACCAAGAAGGACGCCACGCUCAAGAAGCUGACGCUCAGGUCGCUCGACCUUUACGAGGACCAGGGGACGGUUUUGCCGACUCUCGCUGAAGCGUUCUGCAACAUGACCACGCUGGAGGAACUGAACGCAGACCUGUGCAUGGAUAUCGCCGGGUUUUUCGCAGGGAGGAUUGCACCGUUCAUGAAAGUGGUGGCUCUGAACAGCACCCUACGCUGUCUCCGGCUGCCUUCGUCAGUCUGUGAACGCUGCUCCACGAUGCUGCCGCGAGUUCGCGACCCAGUCGGCGUCCCGGACCCGCGUGUAGCUCAGUACGUCGAACCGUGGCACGCGGCUCUCCGGAAGAACUCCUCGCUUCGCGAGCUCCGCAUCGACUUUGCAAGCUUUGACGAAGCGGAGUGCAGCGCUUUCCUCGGAGCGGUCGCCGACAGCGACACCCUGCGGUCGGUGAUCGUCAGUCACCUGCCGGCGACGACCAACCCCGAGAACAUCUGCAGAAUGAUCCGAGAACGCGGCCUGCACGAUCGCGUCAUCGUUGCGGACUACCACGUGGGACUGGCGGACGCGGGCGCCUUUGGGCGGUGCGCCGAGAUCACCGGCGUCACUGUCGACAGCGCCCACUUCAAGCUCCCCGAGAGGCCCCACCUGCUGCAAGACCGGGCGCUGUCCGAAGUUUUCGAUCUCGCCGGUCACGUGACGACACUUCGAGUGCGCUGCGACUUCUUCAACGAAACGGCGUUCGCCGCUUUGUGCGCGUACCUUUCGGCGCCGUCGGCACUCGCGGACGUCGAGAUCACGCUGGUCAGGAACACGCUGGAGAUGACGCUGGAGCAGGUCCGGAGCUUACCGAGGAGACUGGCGUCGGCGUUAGCGUCCAACACCAACCUGUGCAGAGUGAUUGUCAGAGGAGUGCAGAUGUGCAACCACGACAUGGACGUGCUGGCGGACGCUGCUCGAACGAGUCGGCGCCUCGUCGAGUUCCGCGUGACGUGGCAGUGCAAUUCCUGCUGCCUCUUCGACCGAAUCUUCGGAGUGCGCAACUCCGUAAGGGGGCCGUUGUACUCGCCGAACGCCUACGCUUACAACGUGCUGGCCGAUAUACAGGUAGUCACAAGACGAAACGCCGAGCACAUCUCGGCAGCGGCUCGUUUCGUGCUGGGCCAGCGAGAGAGCGCCGAGGGCGCUCGGUCCCUCGAGCUCGUCCACGACCAUCCGCGCCUCCUUGUCCUGGUGCGGGAGGCUGCUGCCGUGAGGGCCGACGAGGCCAAGGCGAUGGUCAAACACGCACUGGCACACCUGCGCAACUACAGCCUGCACCAGUUCAUGAGGUUGGCCGGAGUGGUGGCGCACGGGGUGGAAUGCCCUCCGCAGGAUGAUGGCCGGUUGCAGCUCGCAGAUAUCGGCGACGAUUGCUGGUUGAUAAUACGCAGCUACCUCAGACUGGCGGAUAUUGCGAUGACGGAAGGACGCCCCAAUCUGCCACCGAGCACCAGCUCAGCCGACGAGACUGCUGCCACUGUGACUGGAUGUGACGACAGCCCGAUGAACGGCGACAUGCCGGCCUAGUCAUUCUUGGAGCAGUCUUUCUCAUGUGCCGGCUGAGACAUUCAUUGAAGAACAUUCACGGAAGCCUAGGCGUCCUAUACCGAACUAGAAAUGUUAUUUUUUUAGCACUGGAUGUUUCUUAGUACUCAUGUUGUGGUGAGCUAGGAGUAAACUUGUUGUAAACUUCUGAGUAAACAUGUUAUAAAGAGCU